AUGCCUGACCCUCCAGAGCACGAUGAUAUCGAUGCACAGCAGGCCAAUUCUUACUCAACGGUGUACACUUACGGGCACACUCAGCUGACACCACCGUCGGCUGGAUCUCACCAUCAAGGACAUUCACGGCCCUAUGAAACAUUACAGCAUCCAAUACCAACACCUCAGAUCGACCGGGAAUUAUAUUCGGAGUCGUCCCUGCGCUCAACUUUUGGCGUAGAGCGACAUGGACUCCCAGCGUCAAUAUAUAUGAGUGAAGCACUCUCAUUACACCCAAACCAGCCCGUACUUCCCUUCGAUAGGAUAGAUGCUAACAACGAGUUAGUGCCCGAGGUUUUACAGCCGAGCAUUGCAGAACCUUCUCGGAAUCCCGACGCCCCGUCCCAUCCUGCUCAAUCGAUGAUGCACUCACAGAUUCGGCGGCAACCUAUCCAGGGGCAGCAGCUACCGCCAUUGAUGACCGCGCACCACUACAAUCCCGCAUAUUCUGUGCAAGAUAAUCCUGAGCCGUCUUUCCACGCGAUGCUCUCCCCGGAUCAUCUGAUAUCGACACAGCAGGGUGCCUACCCUGACGCCGUGGCAGUGGUGGGUCAUGAGUCCAAGGGCCUUGACCGGCAAGGAGCAUGGUGGCGGAGCACCCAGCCGUCUGCGCUGACAACUGACGCGUAUGCACCUGCGCAGCUCCCGCAAUCUGUCCCUCAGUCAGGCCUCGAAUCGAUGCCAUAUUGGCCUGCUUCUGCUGCGAGUGCACCAGCGUGGACAGGUGUACCGUUCGCUGAGGAUCGUACGUUUCCGCUGGAAGACCCCAAGCAGAUACCUUAUAGGCUUAGCGAUGCUGGUUGGUCGGAGGACGAAGAUGAGGAGGAUGAAGGCACAGGUAUUCCUAAGGAAACAGAUCUGUCAGCGGAGUCGAAGGGCAACAAGGGCAAGGGAAAGGGGAAAAGAAGAGAGAGGGAGAGGAAGCAUAAAUGCCCGACCUGCGACAAGGCGUUUGUCCGCCCGAGCAGUCUUGGGCUGCAUAUGAACACUCACACAGGUUCGAAACCCUUCGGAUGCAUGGUGCCGGGCUGCAACAAGCGUUUUACCAUCCAGUCCAACGCAACCCGGCACCUCCAAUCGCAUGGCAUGACACCACACAGCAGGUCUCGCAGCUCACGCUUUGCCGUUAGCUUCGAUGCACCGGUCGUAUCACACAACGUGCACUCAGCUGUGCCCCAGCCCUCGAGCUACGAGUGGCUGCAGCCGCAGGGCUCAACCUCGGGAUUAGCACCAAGUGCGUCCGCUCCGCCAAGUUUGGAGCCGCCGAGGCCGUCGUGGGCGCCAGCGAGCGAUGUAGCAGGCCCAUCACGGCUUCCGCGUCGCCACACCGACGGGCCCCCCACCGAACGGGAGCGCGCAGAGAUGCACUUGGGGACGAGGCAGCAGCGCCAGGCUCCCACUAGGCGUAGUGGACAAGGAGCGGGAGGGCAUAGCUUGUGGCGGCGCAAAGGACAGGACAUGUCUAGCGACGAAGAUGAUGACCAAGGGGAGAGCGACGAAGAGGAGUGA